AUGGCAUCAGGGGCACGGUGGCAUCAUUGGCCGAUGCAGAAAGGGACACCUGAGCGUACUGGGUACUCGCCCCAUGUGAUGCCAAACAUCUCGAAGUCUGAAGCUUGGACCUGGCAGGCAGAAAUCUUGGAUAUCCAUCGUGCCACUCCAUUGAUCGACGACCAGCUGAAUGUCUACGUCACCUCCAUUGCUGGGCGAAGCGUGAAGUUUAGCCCAGAUGGAAAGAAGCUUUGGAGCCACUACACUGGUGUCGAGCGAGGAGGAGUACCAGGAGUCCCAGUCAUUGAGGGCGACCGCUUGCUGAUGUUGUCGACCUUUGGUUUUUUGAUCUCCAUAGACCUGGAGACAGGAGCUGAAGUUUGGUCCAGAAAGGUAACACAGAUGUCAGAUAGCACCACGGAUUGCUUGCUGGCGACCCAGGGGGUGGUUGUCCUCUCCGCGAUGGAUCCGGUGGUGAGCACCUUGGCUGCUGGCCGCACACAGCGCUGGAAUGCUACCUUGCAAGAAUUUGCUUUCUUGGCGCCUGCGCACUCAUGCGGCUGGACAUACCAAUAA